AUGGCCGAACCACCCACCGUUCCCCCGGGUAGAAAGGAAUCCUGCGGCUACUACACCGGCCUUCCAGACUGUCCAACUCUUGUUGGGCGAUCUACCACGGUAUACGACAAUGAAGUCUACGAAAAGUUACUUGAUCCUGUUGAAAAGCAUGCUGUUGUUCCGCUGUGGAAUGACUCUGCAGGCCCACUGCGUCGCAAGAUUCUUGAAGCUGUGAAGGGUGUCGACUGGAACGCCAUCGACAUCCUCCGAUGCGGUUCCACAUCUUUGGGUCAUUGUCACCUAGCGGUAGCCCUCAAAUGCCGCCACGUUCUGCGGGAGCACGGCAUUCACGAUGUCAAAGUCGAAAUCAAAGAGUCUAGAAUCACGCAAUGUUGCUCGAGUGAUCAAGACCAAACAGAAAGCGAUCGUUCAACAGCCAAACUUAAGCCGCGUAUUCCGACUCAUAAGGAGGAGAGCUUCGGAAGGCACAAUAUCCAACUCUCUGAGUUCCAAGAGACCAAGAUUGCCUCCUCUCAAUUUCCAACUCCUGAAGGCACCAAAGGUCUAUACUUGCGGGUCCGAAAUACCGAAACCGUUGUUGCUUUGACCUGUCGACAUGUCAUCUUCGGACAUGAGGAAGAGAACGUCGACUCCUGUCGCGACACUAAUAACACCCGAAGUGUUCUUCAACCUGGGCACAGGACGUAUCAAGACACGAAGGAAAAUCUACACGAAGCCAUCAGCUGGAUAAACCCUUCGCUCUGA